AUGACGGAGAAGUCCGAGAAUGCCCGACCUCCCCCUGUCCCACCUCCCCCAGCGCCCCACCUUCACCACCGCCUAACCUCCCCAUCGCCCCACCUCCCCAAGCGCCCAACCUCCCUCUGUCCCACCUCCCCAAAUGCCCCACCUCCCCAGCGCCCUAUCUCCCCCAGCACCCCUCCUCCCCAGUGUCCCACCUCCCCCCAGCACCCCACCUACCCCAGCGCCCAAUUUCCCCCAGCGCCCCAGGUCCCAACACCCCAGCACCCACCUCCCCAAACGCCCCAUCUCCCAAGUGACCGACCUCCGCAGUGCCCCACCUCCCCGAAGUGUCACACUCCCACCUCCUUUCCCAUCGCCCCCAGUGCCCAUACUUUCCAUAAGCGCACCUCCUCCCCCUGCCCCACCUCCCCCAGCGCCCUACCUACCCCCAGUGCCCAUACCUCCACCAAGCGCACCACCUCUCUCAGUGCCCCACCUUCCCAAAUGCCACACCUUCUCAAUUCCCCCCCGCUCUCAGUGCCCCCUGCCUCCCCCUCCGUCCCCAGUGCCCAACCACUACCACUUAAAUCCCCAGAGCGGACCAGAAUAUAUCGCUAA